CAAUGCAUACCGAGUCCAGUUGCACCAAGUUCCGCAGUUAAUUUCGCUCAGUGAAUUUAUCUUGUAAUAAUUCUUUUUGAUCUAAUCAUCCUCAAUUAUUGAAAUGGACGAGUCUCAGCCUUUGCUGGGGCAGCUCAACGAGCCCCAAUAUGCCACUACUCCAAAUCCACUGGUCAAUUUUGAUCCGAAGGGAGAUCCAGACAACCCCUUAGAAUGGCCAAAGGGGUACAAGAUGGGUGUUGUCUGUUUACUUGCCUUGCUGUCUUUUACAGUGACCUUCACGUGCAUAGGUAUUGUCCCAGUUGCAGAGCGAAUCAUUUUCGAUCUCGAGGGGAGGCAGAGCAAAUCGGCCAGUAUACUACUCGUCACUGUUUGGGAACUCGGGGAAGCUUGUGGUCCCUUGCUCAUUGCCCCUCUUUCCGAGAUUUACGGGCGGUACCCGACAUUCAAUGUGGCAAACAUCAUUUUUAUCCUUGGUGUCGUCCUUACGGCAUCAAGUCCGACGACAGGUCUUCUUGUCUUCAGUCGCUUCUUGACCGGAUUUGCUGUGGCCUCAAACGUUCUCAACCCAGCCAUCAUCGGCGACAUGUUUCCAUCGGAAUCUCGAGGAUCCGGAAUGUCUUUGAUCAUGCUGGCUCCCCUUUUGGGAGGUGCUGUUGGGCCGGCAAUCAGCGGUCUCAUUGCGGAGUCCCUUGGCUGGCGAAAGAUUCUUUGGAUGAGCGCAGCUCUGGCGAUCGUCUCAGAGAUCCUUUUCAUCACACUCCUCCGCGAAACAUACAAAGUCUCCAUCUUGAAGCAGAGAGCCGCACGAUUGCGGAAGGAGACUCAAGAUGAAUCGAUAAAAUGUCCUUAUGAAACAGACGAAGCGGCCACCGAGUUGUACUGGUCUGCAUUGCGGACUUCUAUCAAGCGGCCUGUCGUUGUCAUGCUGGAUUCUUCUGUGCUUCAGAUAAUGUCUUUCUAUGGUGGAUUGAUGUUCACAUUAUACUACGUCUUGGCAACUACUUUACCGGGAAUACUGAUGGAGAUCUAUAGCUUUUCUCCAGCUCAGACGGGUUUGUCGUUCAUGAGUUUUAGCAUUGGUGCUACUGGUGGCAUCCUUCUCUCGAACACAUUUGUGGAUCAUAUAUAUAUCAAGCUAGGGAAGUCAUUUGGCACAGGAACUGCAAUUCCUGAAUAUCGAUUGCCAUUCAUGAUUACAGGAGCAGCACUCAUGCCGCCUGUUGUUGCACUCUACGGAUGGGCCCCAAACGCUCACUGGCCUGUUCAGACCCUCUUAAUGACUGUAGCUCUGCUCGGGGUCGUCUUGAUUAUGAGUUCGAUAGCCUUAUCGUCGUACGUUGUAGACGCUUUUGGGAUCUACUCUGCUUCUGCAAUGACAAUUGUUCUGAUUGCUCGUUGUUUGGGAGGCACUUUACUCCCGCUAGCAAUUCCUCCUCUGACGGACGCCCUUGGACUUGGAUAUGGCUUUGUGGUUUUGGGGGCUAUAUGUGUGGUGCUGAUACCUUUACCUGUGAUGGUGAUGCGUUAUGGACGUCACUGGCGCCAGAAUUCGGUGUACACAAAAGAUGAUCCCUGAAGGCUAGGCAAUUUUCAACCAGUGCGGAUUCCGCACUGCCGAAUCUCUUUCCCGGAGGCUCAUGCAUUAUGUGCUUACGAAACAUAUUGCGCCAACUAGCACCUGUGCUUUGAAACGUUUCGGUUAUAGACUCUUUGGAUUAGAUUGGUAGACUUUCUGACUCGAAAUUUAUGAUUUGAGUCAAAUGAACAAGCCUUCUCGCUUCAUU